AUGGAGGACAUACCCAUAAACGACACGCCAUUCUGGAGUGUCCUAGAAUUCACAUUCAGCGACCGAUCCACAGACUCCGAAUUCGUAAUGAUGUGUCACAAGCACCGCUUCAUCGUGCGUCUUUCAAUCGAACAAUUCGUCGCUUCACCGGAGUUACGAGAGAAAUACCUCUUCUUCCUGGAUGUCGCUGAACAGUUUGAGUUGGAUGGGUAUACAGUGGAUGAUUUUUACGAUUGGGUUGCUGAGCCUAUGCUUCCCAUCUUUAGGGAACUACCUCCCAUUCAAAAUGUCAAAUCAACGUUGGACGAGUUUCUUUUUCCAGAGACGCACGUCUACGAGGCGCCGGUCCAUCACAUACCCCAAGGAAAGUUCUUUCUAAACGAUGGAACCACUGCGUAUCUGAAGCUCACAGACCCGGGAGAUAAAUCCAUCUUACUCCAUGAAAUCUCAACGUACCGCGAGAUACACAACGCCCACCUCGACAAAUCCCUCCGAAUAUCACGCCUCAUCGGCCUAGUCCAAAGCAGAGAUGACCAGGAAGUAAUAAUAUACGGCCUGCUACUCACAUACAUCGAUUGCGGCCACGUGACGCUCUUUUGUGCCGUAAAGCCAGAAACACCCGAGCACUUGCGCAACCGAUGGGCCACUCAGGUAGGCGAUACCCUCACUCGGCUACACGACGCAGGAAUUAUUUGGGGAGAUGCCAAGCCCGCCAAUGUGUUGGUUGACGAGCAUGAUGAUGCUUGGAUAAUUGAUUUUGGGGGAGGGUAUACCGAGGGCUGGGUUGAGCGUGGAUUGGCGGGGACGAAGGAAGGCGAUUUACAGGCCCUGGGCAGGAUAAUUGAGUUUAUACAUACUACGGAAGAACCCACGAGCAUUUGA